AUGCCUUCCACGACGAAUGUAAUAAUUUUCGCGGUGGUCCCAAUAUUCUUGCUAACACCAGGUGUAAAUGGAUUUGGAGUACUAGGACUACAACAAUCAAGGUCGCCUUCAUUGAGAUUCCAAAUUUCUCCUUUUGCAAGAGUAGAAAGAACAACUACAACAACUUCAGCCUUGUAUGCUGAUGGCGAGAAGGAUGAUGAAAGUAUAGGAAAGGGCAUGGAAGAUGCCUUCAAGCAAUUGGAUAAUCUAAAGUCUCUUGAUGAUGAUGUGUUUACAGUGCCUGACCGAAAAGUACAAGAUGAAGCUUUCGCAAAGGCAAUGGAAACACUCGAUUUGAAGGGAUUGGAAGAUGUUGAACCUCCACCCCCUGAAGCCGAGGCCGCCCUGUACUCCGAUAUGGCAUCGGAACUUGCUUCGGCUUCAGAGAUCGACUUAAUUGAUGACGUAAAGUCCCAGCUCGGUGGUGUUAAAACGGAGAUUCCAAAGUUUGAUCCCGCGUCGAGAGAUACCGAAAAGUUUUUGGAAAAGGCCCUUACUGAAGCUAUUGAAGAGGCGAGUGCGAUGGCUGAUGUAGAUAAAGAGUCACUAUUAGACAACAAAGAAAUCAUGAAGGAAAUUAAAGCAAUCUUUGACAGGGCUAACGAUGAACUACUGGAUGGUUUGGAAGACAUCCGAAAGGAACAGAUGGCACUCGCUGAAUCAAGUGCAGAACGCAAUUCUCAAGCAACACAAGAUAGGAUCAGAGAAGAUGAGGAGCGACUGGCAGCUGCUGAUGCCAACAUGAAGAAAAUGUUGGCAAAGGUGAAUGUCGAGGCAAAGAAUGUGGAAGAAGCGAUUAACGAUCUAAGAGCAGCACAGCAGGAAAUAGAUGGCGGUAUGGAUAGCCAGCUUAUUGAUUUGAAAAAGGGCGGAUUGUUGAAGCAAUCAAUUCUGGUUGGGGCAUUGUUGUUUUCCUUGAGAGCAGUAAGCGAUGGAAUCGCCUUUGCUUCAGGAGACUCUACCCACCUACUCCCAGCCCUUAUUCAAGGUGGGAUCGCUCUCCUCUGCCUUGCCAUCUUGAUUUUUACGAAAUAA